AUGCUUGAAACAAAGAACUUCUUCAGAGUAAGGUCCGAUUGUCGUGAUUUGCAUCGUAUAGUACUCGGCCAGCACCCCUUCAAUGUUGUUAGUUUGUACAGUGGAUUUGAUAAGUCAAUGGUCUCGGUUGAGUACUACGUGUGGGCCUAUGACGUGAAACACAGACGUCAGGCGCCUGGUAACAUCCGCGCCGUCUUGGCCCAGUCUCGCAUCUCUCGGGCUCUUGAGAACCACUCCACCUACUUCUUCAAUGCGGCCCGUUUCGUGUUUGCGUCCGCUGAUACCUGUCAGAAACCCGUUUUCGGAAUAGCUUUGGGUCUCGUUCGUCGGAGGAAUCGCGUGACCCACCUUCGGGCAGUGUUCGAAGUAGCCACGGACGCAGUUUCUCUCACUUCCACGCUUUCCGACUUCCGUCUUGAGGGGGCUUGCAAAGAUCAAUUCUUUUCGGCCCGGACGCGCUAG